AUGGCCGAGUCCGAGCUCAAGUGGCCCGCUGCGCGCGUCCGCCAGACAUUCCUCGAGUACUUUGAGCAGAGGGGCCACACGAUAGUCCCCUCCUCCUCCGUCGUCCCUCACAAUGACCCCACCUUGCUCUUCACCAAUGCGGGCAUGAACCAGUUCAAGCCCAUCUUCCUCGGUACCAUUGGCAAGACGGAUCCCAUGGCCGGCCUCAAGGCCGCUGUCGACAGCCAAAAGUGCAUUCGCGCCGGUGGCAAGCACAAUGAUCUCGACGAUGUCGGCAAGGAUAGCUAUCACCACACCUUCUUCGAGAUGCUGGGUAACUGGUCUUUCGGCGACUACUUCAAGAAGGAAGCUGUUCAGUACUCUUGGGAGCUUCUGACCAAGGUCUACGGUCUCGACCCUGCCCGCCUCUACGUCACUUACUUCGAGGGUGACGAGAAGUUGAAGCUGGAGCCUGAUCUGGAGGCCAAGGACCUCUGGCUGUCUGUUGGUGUGCCUGAGGAUCAUAUUCUUCCUGGAAAUAUGAAGGACAACUUCUGGGAGAUGGGCGACCAAGGUCCUUGCGGUCCUUGCAGUGAGAUUCACUACGACAAGAUCGGUGGUCGCAAUGCCGCCAACCUCGUCAACAUGGACGACCCCAUGGUUGUCGAGAUCUGGAACAACGUUUUCAUGCAGUACGACCGACAGAAGGAUGGUAGCCUUAAGUCGCUGCCCGCCAAGCACAUUGAUACCGGUAUGGGCUACGAGCGAUUGGUUUCUGCUCUCCAGAAUACCGUCUCCAACUACGCCACCGACUGCUUCACCCCCCUUUUCAAGAAGAUCGAGGAGGUGACCGGCGCCCGACCGUACAGCGACAAGUACGGCAAGGACGAUGCCGACGGUAUCGAUACCGCUUACCGUGUUGUUGCCGACCACAUUCGAACCCUCUCAUUCUCUAUUGCCGACGGCGCCGUCCCCAACAAUGACGGUCGAGGUUACGUCGUCCGACGUGUCCUGCGACGAGGUGUUCGAUAUGCCAGGAAGUACUUCAACGCCGAUAUCGGCGCUUUCUUCUCCAAGAUCCUGCCCGCCUUGGUCGACCAGAUGGGCGAGCAGUUCCCCGAGCUUGUCAAGAAGCAGCAAGAUAUCAAGGAGAUCCUUGACGAGGAGGAGGUCGCCUUUGCGCGAACUCUGGAUCGCGGUGAGGCGCAGUUCGAGAAGUACGCUGCUCAGGCUGUCAAGGAUGGCUCUAAGAAGCUUGAGGGCGACGUUGUCUGGCGACUGUACGACACUUUCGGCUUCCCUGUUGAUCUGACCCGAUUGAUGGCGGAGGAGCGAAGCCUUGAGAUCGACGACGCCGAGGUCGAGGCUGCUCGUAUCAAGGCCCGAGAGGCCAGCAAGGCUGUCAAGGAGUCUGUCCAGACUUUCUCCAAGCUCAACGUCCACCAGAUUGCCGAGCUCGAGCAGCAGCUCAAGGUUGAGCGAACCAACGACGACGCCAAGUUCCUUCAGGGUGACAGCAAGGGCAAGGUGCAGCUCAUCUACGACGGAAAGACAUUCCUCAAGUCGACCAAGGAUAUCCCUGAGAAGACCGCCCUCGGUCUCCUGCUCGACAACACCAACUUCUACGCCGAGUCCGGUGGUCAGGUCGCCGAUACCGGCCGGAUUGUCAUUGACGAUGUUGCCGAGUUCAAUGUCCUGGACGUCCAGAACUUUGGUGGUUACAUCCUUCACAGCGGAUACAUCGAGUACGGUGCUCUGAACUCUGGAGAUGAGGUCAUCUGCGAGUACGACGAGCUUCGUCGAUCACCUAUCCGAAACAACCACACUGGUACUCACAUCCUGAACCACUCGCUGCGGGAAGUCCUUGGUGAUGAGAUUCAUCAGAAGGGUUCGCUGGUGGACAAUGAGAAGCUGCGUUUCGAUUUCUCCCACAAGACUGGUGUCAAGAUUGAGGAGCUUAAGAAGAUUGAGGAUAGGUCCAACGAGUAUAUCCGUCGUGGCUCCCCUAUCUUCUCCAAGGAUGUUGACCUGGACCUUGCCCGCCAGAUUGAGGGCUGCCGUGCCGUCUUUGGCGAGACCUACCCCAACCCUGUCCGUGUUGUGUCCAUUGGCAAGGACAUUGACGAGAUGCUUGCCGACCCCAAGAACGUGGAGUGGCGCCAGUACAGUGUCGAGUUCUGCGGUGGCACCCACGUUGAGCAGACCGGUCUGAUCAAGGAUCUCAUCCUUAUUGAGGAGAGCGGUAUCGCCAAGGGUAUUCGUCGUAUCAUCGCCUACACUGGUGAGGCGGCGCACCAGGUCCAGCGUGAGGCUGCCGAGUUUGCCAAGAAGCUCGAUGCCCUUGAGAAGCUGGAUUUCGCCGAGAAGGAGUCCCAGGUCAAGGCUGUGUCUGUGGAGCUCAGCCAGCUUACCAUCUCUACCCUGACUAAGGACGAGCUCAACAAGCGAUUCCAGAAGAUCUCGACUGCCGUUGUCGCGGAGCAGAAGAAGCGCCAGAAGGCCGAGGCCAAGACUGCGCUCGACACGGUCCUCAAGCACUUCAAGGCCAAUGAGGAUGCCAAGUGGUUCGUUGGCCGCUUGCCUAUCGGUGCCAACGCCAAGGCUGUCGGUGAGGUCGUCAAGCACUUCCAGGGCAAGGACAAGGAGAAGUCUGUGUACCUGUUUGGUGGCAGCAAGGAGGAGGGUGCCGUUGUGCACGGUGUCUAUGUCGGAACUCAUCUCUCUUCUCAGGGCGUCACCGCCGAGCAGUGGGCUGCUUCUGUGUCUGAGGUCAUCGGUGGUCGAUCAGGCGGCAAGGAGCCAACCCGACAGGGUCAGGGUACCAAGCCCGAGAACCUCGACGAUGGUGUUGAGACGGCGACGAAGUGGCUCAGCGAGAAGCUGAAGUUGUAA